AUGGUAAAAAAUCAAAACGCCUGCUUUGUGUUUACAACUUUACAUUUUCGUAUUCACAAUCAUAGACAAGACACACCUACACACGCACAACAAUUGAAAUUUCUCCCUCAUCCCGAGGAAGGUAUCGUCCCGUCAAGCGUGGCUAAUCAAGGCACCAAAAGGAAAAUGAGCAGCUCAGAGGAGGUAUCAUGGAUUUCAUGGUUCUGUGGUCUGCGAGGGAACGAAUUCUUUUGCGAAGUGGAUGAAGAUUAUAUAAACGAUAAAUUUAAUUUAACGGGGCUUAAUGAGCAAGUGCCUCACUACAGACAGGCUUUAGAUAUGAUAUUAGAUUUAGAACCUGAUGAUGAUUUAGAUGAUAAUCCAAAUCAGUCCGACUUAGUGGAGCAGGCUUCUGAAAUAUUAUAUGGCUUAAUACAUGCUCGAUACAUCCUAACAAACCGAGGAAUUGGUCAAAUGUUAGAAAAAUUCCAAGCCGGUGAUUUUGGGCACUGUCCACGUGUCUACUGCGAAUGUCAAUCCAUGCUUCCUAUUGGUUUAUCCGAUGUUCCUGGAGAAGCAAUGGUCAAAUUGUACUGUCCGCGCUGCAUGGACGUAUACACUCCAAAAUCCUCACGACAUCACCACACUGAUGGUGCCUUCUUUGGCACAGGCUUCCCCCACAUGGUGUUCAUGGUGCACCCCGAAUAUAGAGCUAAACGCCCUGCCUCACAAUUUGUGCCUAGGCUGUAUGGAUUCAAGAUCCACCCGCUCGCAUACCAGAUCCAGCAGCAGGCGUCGGCGAACUUCAAAGCACCGCUCCGGACCCUCUCGUACAACAACGAGACGAAGACACCAAGUAACAUUCCAAAA